UGGCCCUUGAAGCCAAGAGAAAGUAUUAUCUCGUGGUUGGGUUACUAUACUUUGUACUGUAGCUCGUUUUGGUGUUGUUAUGUUGUUACCCCUCCGAUUUCUGCAAACUUGUCAUGGCUCUUCCGGGAAGUUCCUGGUAUUCCUGAUCGUAUGAGAGUUGCUGCUGCAGCUGGUUUUCAAGCAGUCGAAGUGGCCUUCCCAUAUGAGAACGAUCCCGGGGAGCUAGCCCGGUUAAGCAAAUCUCUAGGGCUGCAAAUGGUACUGAUCAACACACCUCCGGGUAAUCCGGAAAAGGCUGAGAUGGGACUGGGAGCUCUUCCUGGAAGACAAGCAGAUUUCCGAAGUGGGUUGGAGUUGGCUGUAAAAUAUUCCAAGGAGCUGGGCUGCAAACGGAUCCAUAUCAUGGCAGGACGUGUACCUGCAGAUACUGUCAGAGCUGCAGUUCAUAAUGAAAUGGAACACACAUUUAUUGAAAAUUUGAAAUAUGCUGCAGAUUUCCUGUCCAAGGAAGGAAUUACAGGUCUGGUGGAACCAAUUAACAACCGAAUUUCAGACCCACGCUAUUUCCUGAAUUCUCCACACCAAGCUGCUGAUAUUUUGCAGAAAGUGGGCCAUCCAAACCUGAAGCUACAGAUGGAUGUUUUUCAUUGGCAGAUCAUGGAUGGGAAUCUCACACAGAAUAUCAAAACAUACUUUCCGUUCAUUGAUCAUAUCCAGAUUGCUCAGGUCCCAAGCCGGAAUGAGCCAGACAGCCCAGGAGAAGUGAACUACUUUUACAUCUUCAGCCUGCUGGAAGAGUUGGGCUAUAAAGGAUUUAUUGGAUGCGAAUAUGCACCUAACGGAGACACAGUGGGAGGACUUGGCUGGCUGAGAUCUUACUGGAAGAAUCACAAAGGAAAUGAUGCUUAAUUAUUGCCAGAAGGGAAAAAAAGAUUGCUGAAUUUGACCCACUUCUCAUCUAGGAAAAUAAAUUAGGCUAUGCUACUGAUUUGUUUUCAUCAGGGACUUAAUUAUGUAGAAUCAGUUCAUAUUAUGUCACUCACAUUUUUUUGUGACACAAAGUGUUUUAAAUGUUGGUUACAUAGUUGUCUGCAGUCUUUAAACUACUGGACUUGCCUUAACAGCUUCUUAAGGCAGGUGCCCUUUAUUGUACUGGUUAGACUGUAGAGCCAUUGGCUGGUGGAUCAUGAUUUAAAUGUCACAUCACAAUUAGUUGUAUGAGCCUGAAUGAGCGUGUUACCUUCCCUUUUCUUCUAGUAUUUCUGCAAUGCAAAUGAAAAUGAUUGCAAAUCACCUGUUUUUUUUUUGUUUUUUUUUUAUAGAAUGUAAAGCACUUUAAGUGUGUUUUUUAAGCACAUCAGAUGUUGUCAGUGCAAGGGUAACUUUAAUCUUUAUCAUCAUGAUAUUGUCAGUACACUAUAUUAUAACCUUUGUUCGUUGGUAAAAAUGCAUUCAGUGUCUAUCCACAAUAACCAUGAAUAAACAUUAAGUAAUCCCAGAAUAGAUUAAUUAAAUAAUAAUCAUUAAUAAAUAAACUAAAAGGAUUGCAUUAAUUGUAAUACCCCUAAUUUUUGUAGGUGAACGUUUCCUGUGUCCUGGCAACCCAUCUGUACAAAUAACCACCUUGGUUCUCUCUCUUGAAAAUUAGCAAAUACAUGCCUGGUAGGCUUAACUCAGUCAACAAAAUGUGCAUUCAUAAUAAAACAGAUUUUUUUUUCUUAAAAGAACAUGUAGUAUAACACUGGAAGACCGAAUGUGGCCCAGAAAUGAGGACAAUUAAUUAUACUGAUGUUUUAAUCCAGGAUAAUCAUGAAAAACUGAGAAAAGUCUAGCUUUGUUAGCAUUUAUGAUUUUUUAGGAGACCUCAGUCUGAAGUUACCGUUCUUAACAUUUUUCUUCUACCAUUUUUUGUAGCCUAAUCCUUUUAUUAUUUUUUUUUUAAUGUACUGCCUAACUUCCAGAUUUUAAAUGAAUAUUUUUUGUGUUUUGUUUUGGAACAUCAAAAGUAGACAUCACUUUUAGUUUUGUAUAGACCUGACCUGAAAAUUUGGAAGGCCCAGCACAGCAUCAUUUGAGAAAAACCUGUUGCACUUGGUGCAUUCUUACUUUGGAGCCCAGUCAUAACAGUAAUUCACAUUUCAUGGUUUCUCUUCCUUAUCGGUCUUUAACAUACACAUAUUAGUGUAAAUAACAGUAAAGUUAAAGCCUGGGAUUUAUGAAGAAGCAUGGCUUGAGUAGAACAGGUCUGCUGUUGCCUUGAAAUGUUUAGUGCAACAUAAACAUAUUCUCAGUGCAGUGAUGCAGGGUAAUGGAUGACCCUUUAUGCAACAUUUACUUUAAAAAGUUACAGCUGUAGUUUACAAGCAUGCAUCAUUACGUAUAUGAUACACAUACUGUCAGGGUCUUAAGGCACAAUGUGCCUUGCAUAAAGUGGUACAACCCACCAUUUCACAAAGACUUAUGGAAAAUGGUGUGUAGUGAAAGAGGACAAUGUGAGGAGGAACAGGCUGGCAAAAUCACAUAGAAAUGUGUGCUACUGUAUAAAUGUUCAACAUUUUUUUUUCUUUUCAUUUCAUAUUCACAGGUGUCCAGCUUGUCCCAGCUGUCUCUUUAGGAAGCAUGAUUCAUUUUUUUUUGCACUGCACCUGGUUGUUUUAAUUGCUCUAAUUGUUUUGCUGCGGUUCUAAUAAGUAAUGAAAUGCACAAAUUUUCCACCAACAGCUGAAACUUCUGAACUUUGUGUACUGUUUUCUUUGUUAGGUUUUUGUGAUUUAAUUCUAAGUGGAAGCAAGCUUCUUCUUUGACACCACUGCUUGUGGCUUAUCCUGAAUUUCUGGAACUGCUGAAAUGAGAGCCUCUGGCAUGAAAAUUAGUCAUUCUACAGCAAACACGUCUUUGAAUUUGAUCUUCAGACCUCCAUACCUUUUGCUUUGGUGAUGAAACUAAGAUUUUUAGUUUCUUUUGCACAUCAUCAGUUUUGGUAUACAAAUAAGAUCUGUUGGAACCAGCCAAGGAACAGGACUCUAAUGUUGGCCGCUGGUGUUGAAACACCUGUAUUUAUUGUGUUCAAGACCUGAUGGCUCAGACUUCUAGGCAAGCAGUCCAUAUCCCUGUGCUUUGUUGUCUCUAGUAUCUUCUGAAAUGGUUCUGACUUUGUUUUCAAAAAAUGAAAGUAAAUAGAUUUUUCAUGGGUCUGCUAGCAGUGUGGCAUCUAGCUGUUGAAAAGCUAAAGUGAAUCACUCCUUUUCUGAUCCAGUAAAAAGUCAUUUUCCAUUUUAAAGCAUUUUCUAUUUGUUUUUCAACUUGAUAUGCAUUUUAUGUCAUGUCAGGAAUGCCUUAGUGCCCUUCCAUAAUCACUUACUCAUCCAUAUAGAUGUUUUGGUUUAACCCUCUGGCCAGGGCUAUCAGCCAGUUCCAGAAUUUGGAUUAGUGGCAUCCUAAUUACGGGUAGAGAGGAGAUUUAUGAGGUGUUCUGGCACAACAACUGUGUUAGCAGUUGUGAUGUAUUGCUUCCUGUUGUCUAUGUAUUCAUUUAUGAACACAGUAAGUAUACACUUGCAGAUAUGCAGGCAUGUAUAGACAGUACAUCUGGUCUCUGCCACAGAUCCCACUUAGUCUGUUGUAGCCCCAAAUAUAUACUUCUGACAUUGGAGACUUGCCAUUAGCUGCUGUAAUCCUUCCUUUGUAGCCAUCCCAUCCAGUGAUCCAUUUCCCUUUCCAAACCCCUAAAAAAGAGAUUCUGGAGAUCACAGAUAUGCAUACAGGUGUGUGCUGUGUCCUUGUACCCCCUUAACUAAGGAAACCAAUUAUGAAGUUGCACAACCAUGAGCCAAGUUAUAAAAACUUUCAAGUGCCAGUUCACAAAACCGGUUCAUUUAGUCAGGUAACACCAAAGUGAGAAAUGUUUAGAUUAAUUAAAUACCUUCACUUUGUAUAUGUUACAAAUGAUUGACUGAGACUUAAACACCAACAAUGUCACUGGUUUGCAUGUAACAAAUUAUUAUAUUAUAGUUAACAAGUUGCAUACUCCAAAUAUUGGAUGUUCCCAAUGUUUUUAGACCAAGAACAUGUUUUGAAGUAAAAUUCUCCACAAUGGUGGAUGAAAGCAGAUUGCUGAUUUGAAUCUAAAGCUGCUUCCUUUUCGAAUCAUUUAUGCCUCAUUCCUUCCGCAUUGUGACUCAUUAGUUAACAGCUCCACCUUACAGUACUAGGAUCCUAAGCAUCAGACUAGAUGCUCAGAGUACUGCUUUUGUGCAGUUUACAUGUAUUUUCCCAUUUUUUACAUUUUUUUUUUUUUUAUGAAUGUUGUGGUUUCUUCCCACUUCUUAACCAGUGCUCUAAACUGCCCCCCCCCCCAUAUAUGCUGGUAACCUGAAUUUGGGAUCAGACUCUGGCUGCCAGUAGAACUAGCCAAGGGGGUAAUAAAGAAGCAGCUGAGGGCUGGCUGGCUGGCUGCCCUAUCCUAUGGGGGGAGAGAGGAAAAUACUAAACCUGGUUGACCUCCAGUGGAGAUCAGGAGCCUCACAGAACAUCUCAGGUUUAAUGCAGGGCGCAGCAACAGUGUCUUGACAUUGUUGUACUAGCUGCCUUCUCAGCUACGGUAACUGACAAGGAGAUGCAAGUAUGACUGUUCCCAGGCUCCAAGCCAGCUGCUCCCCAUCAGAUACUUCAGUUUGUGGGCUUAAUGAUAAGUACCAUUGAGAUCAACUUCCCAAGGAGUCAGGAGGCCCAACCGAUGGGCAAGUGAGGAAGCUACAUCUUAAGGCUUUGCAGUACUGGGAGAAGGGAAUAUCAAAAGAAAAUGCACAAAAGACUUUAAAAAGAACCGCCAAAUCGCUUCUUUUUCACAGGAAAGCAAGAGCUCUGCCACACGAGUAGGGGGAACAAUCCCCCACAACCCCAGUUUCUACAGAUAUGAACUCUGAGAUGUGAAUUCUGACUUGCAGAAUAAAGAAAAGGUUGAAAAGAAAAGCAAAACUCAUCUUCUCCCUUUUCUUAAGAGUGUAACACAGUACCUAGUGUGCAACCAAAUCAACAGCAAUGUCCUCUUAACUUAAUGCACAAUAACACUGUUUCCACCUUUGACUGUAGCAGGACUCUACACGCAUUGCAUUUUCUUGCUGAAGUUCUGAUUGAAAGGGGUUUGUGAAAGAUUAAUUAAUUUACCUAGUUGAACAAAAAAUAAAUAACAAUUAUGCACUCUUUAUUGUACAUUUACCAUAUAUAUUAUUUUCAACACCUGUACAGUUUUUAAAAUCAGAUUUCGUUUUAUUUUUUGUUUGUUUUGCACGGCUGCAGUGAUGCCAUGGCUUAUAGUCAGUACAACUGAAACAUAAGUGCUUCUACACGUUUUGCAGUUGAUGCUCUUAAAAAAGGCUCUUCUGAUGAUUGCAGGCACUGGUUCUUCAAUGUGAAAGCAACAGUUGAUAUGCAUGCAAUUAAUUGCAGCUGUUCUUGCAGUAAUAGUAAACAGCCAAUUUUUUUUGGAUGUUAGUGUAAUAUUUUGAUUUGAACCAGGAGACGAUUGGGAAAAUUGUUUAUUUUCUUCACUUGGAGAACUUUGAUUGUUAACUUGUGUCCCUGACAGUUUGCAUCCAAGUAAAUUAAAAUCUUUACCCUCCACUUCAUGAACUUACUCAAAUACAAGUAACUUGCUGUACAUGUUAAGUGCUGUUGUGGUCUGUCAGACUAAUCUACCUAUAGCCUUGAGUUUUACAGAAAUAAAAAUGUAGCCAAGAGAAUUUUUGGAACUGUUAAGAGACUUUGAA